GUUCUUUUAUUUUGAGUAUUUUAUUUUUAUUUUUAAUUUACACGUUGUUUUCACAGAGGACAGGGGGCCAAUGAAAGGAGACUCACUUUUGACUUCUUUGCAGCCCAAUAAUUUCUUCUUCUCAUCACAAAAAUAUAGCCAAUUUUGAGACUGCUAAAGCCUUUUCCACUGAACCUCUUUGCUUUGCUUUGCUUUGCUUCUGAUCUGUUGGUUUUUUCUUUUCUUUCUGUAAUCGGAAACAAUGCCUAUAGAAGGGAUCUUUGUCUCUGGCUUCGUCAAUUUGUUGUUUGGGAAGAUGACCUCUUUUGCCUCCUCGAAAUUACCAACCUUUGAAGGAAUUGAUACCCAGCUGACCAAUUGGACCAAUAUGCUGUCUCAAAUUGAAGCUUUUCUGAUUGACGCGGAGGAGAAGCAACUGACAGAUCGAGCCGUGAACCUGUGGCUCGACGAUCUCGAGGAUCUAGCAUAUGAUUUGGAUGAUUUAGUGGAUGAGUUCGCCACCGAAGCUUUGCAACACAAGCUCAAGGCAAAGCCGCCCCAAGCUAGUUCGAGCAAGGUAUGGAACCUCAUCCCUCAUUUCAAGCCAAGAGAUGUUAUGUUUAAUUUCAAAAUGAAGUCCAAGAUUGAGGAGAUCAAUACCAGAUUGCACAAUAGUUUUCAACAAUGUUCGAAACUUAAUUUGGUAAAGAUUAGUGUUGGAACCACAUCUCUUGAGACUCGGCCAACUCGAGAAUCUGCAUCUUUACCUAAAGGUCCCAUUUAUGGUAGAGAGAAGGAUCAAAGAAAGAUAGUUGAGUUGCUCCUAGGUAGGGAUGAAUCAAGUCGUAACCACCCUGAAGUAAUUUCCAUUACGGGUAUGGGUGGGGUGGGUAAGACCACCCUGGCUCAGAUGGUAUUCCGCGAUGAAACUGUGAAGGAGCAUUUCGAUCCGAAAGUCUGGAUUUGGGUGUCAGAUCACUUUGAUGUUAUGAGAAUAACAAAAGUAAUUCUUGAGUCUGUGACUCAACGGACAUGCGAUUAUACUACUUUGGAACAAGUGAAAGCUAAACUAAAUCAGGCUUUGGCUGGAAAGAAGUUCCUAAUUGUUUUAGAUGAUGUCUGGAGCAAAAAAUACAGUGAUUGGGAAGAUUUAAAGACCCCUUUCAGUAAUGGAGCCCAAGGGAGUAAAAUCGUGGUGACAACACGUUACGAGGACGUUGCAACAAUGAUGGGAAGUGUUGAACUUCAAAAGGUUGGGUGCCUAUUGUACGAGGAUUGUUGGUUAUUGUUUAAACAACUUGUCUUUGAGAAUCGUAUUGAUGCAAAUCCAAAUUUGGUAUCAAUUGGCGAGAAAAUUGUGGAGAAAUGUAAAGGUUUGCCUCUAGCUAUUAAGACACUCGGUGGCGUUUUAAAGUCCAAACUACAAGAGGAGUCCAAACUACAAGAGAAGUACUGGAAAGAUGUAUUGCAGAAUGAAAUAUGGGAAUUAUCGGAGGACGAAAAUGACAUCCUCCCUGCUUUGAGAUUAAGCUACCAUCAUCUCCCUCCGCAUUUGAAGCAGUGCUUUGCAUAUUGCUCAAUAAUACCCAAGGGCUAUGAAUUUGAGGAAGAGGAGCUAGUCUUGUUGUGGAUGGCGGAGGGCUUCAUUCAGCAACAAAGAGAGAAACAAAUGGAAGACGAAGGAGGCAAGUACUUUCGAGAAUUGUUGUCACGGUCUUUUUUCCAACCAUUAAGUACUGGUAAAAGCUCUAAAUUUGUGAUGCACGACCUCAUCAAUGAUUUGGCUCAAGUAGUUGCAAGACAUACUUGUUUUAGAUUGGAUGAUAGAUUGAAAUAUCAGGAACAGUGCAAAAAUAUAAAGAAAGCUCGACAUUCAUCUUACAUGCAGGAGUACUAUGAGGGUAUGAAAAAAUUUGAGAUCUUUGACAAAGCCAUGCAUUUACGGACCUUCUUACCAUUUUCCUUAGAAUCUUAUUUAUUAGGGUUUAGUUUGGCAAGCAAUGUUCCCCGUAAGCUAUUCCGGAAGCUAAGACGCUUAAGGGUGCUCAAUAUGAGUAGAUAUUUCAUCACAGAAGUUCCAAAUUCUGUUGGAGAUUUGAAACAUCUGCGGUAUCUUAACCUAUCCCACACCUCCAUUGGAGAAUUACCUGAAUCACUAGGCUCUCUUUACAAUCUACAAACAUUGAUGUUAAGAGAAUGUAGAAGACUGAAAAAGUUGCCAACAAACUUGGGAAACCUAAUUGAUCUACGUCAUCUCGAUACUACAAAUGCAUAUUCCUUGAAAGAAAUGCCACUGGGAAUAGGUAAGUUGGCUAGUCUUCAAACACUGUCCAAUUUCAUUGUUACUAAAAACAAUGGGCUUGGGAUAAGAGAGUUGGGGAACUUAAUUUAUCUUCGGGGGAAGCUUUGCCUAUCUGGGUUACAAAACGUGGUGGUUCCAUUAGAUUCAAGGGAGGCGAAUUUAAAUGAUAAGGAGGGUUUAGAUGUGUUAUCAAUGGAAUGGAGCGUUAAUUCAGAUGAUUCACGAGAUGGAACAGUUAAAACAGAAGUGCUUGACAUGCUGCAACCUCACAAGAAUUUAACAGAGCUCCAUAUCAAAGGCUACCUUGGUACAGGAUUUCCGACUUGGAUAGGAGAUCCUCUGUUCUCCAAUAUGGCUUACGUAAGUUUAGAAAAUUGUGAAAAUUGUGCAUCCUUGCCACCACUUGGACAACUAGCCUCCCUCAAAAAGCUUUACAUUAAAAGAAUGAGUGUACUAAAGCAUGUUGGUCGUGAGUUUUAUGGGCAGGGUGGUGCCAAACCUUUUCAAUUAUUGGAGACUCUAAGCUUUAAGGAUAUGCCAGAAUGGGAGUAUUGGUAUACUUUUGAAGAUGAUAAGGAAGUUCAACCAUUUACUCAUGUUAGUGAGCUCUCCAUCGAAAAUUGUCCUAAUCUUGUUGGAAUGCUGCCAAGUGAUCUACCUUGUUUGAAUAAUCUAGAGAUUAGGGACAGCCCCAAACUCUGUGGGGUGAUGCCCAAGGAUCUACAUUAUUUGAAUAAUCUAGAGAUUUCAGAGUGCCCACAAUUCCUAGUUGAAAGUUCCAGCAAUAGCCUCCUGUCACUCACCUCGAUAGCUAUGGAUGACGUUCCUCUAACAAGCCUUGAAGCGGUCCUUGAGAUGAGGAGUAUGGUUGAUGAGGAAGUGAUAUCGGCAAAUGCAAAGUCUAAGCAUCCGAGUUCAAUAACUUCCUUGAGCAUUGGGAUGAUUAAAAAACUCGAGCUCUUGCCGAAAUGGGUUACUCAUGGGCUGAUGGAAGUCGAGGAAUUGAAGAUUAGAAGGUGUGAAAAACUCAAGACACUGUGGAAGAAUGAGGCGAGAGUGCAACAGAGCUUCCCUGCAUUCCGACGUUUAAACAUUGAAGACUGCCCCCAGCUAGUUUCAUUGUUUGAAGAAAAUGAGGAUGAAGAAAAUGAAGGGCAACAUCAGCAACAACAACAAGAGGGACUGUCUUGCAAAGUGAGGCUUGAGCAUCUAACAAUAUAUAAUUGUGAAAAGCUGGAGAAACUGCCACGGCUGCUACAUACCUUCACUUUUCUUCAAGAGUUGUAUGUCUCUGUGUGUCCAAGUCUCUGCUCUUUUCCGGAGACAGGUUUUCCGUGCACGCUGAAAACACUCCACAUAAGUUAUUGUGAGGCUCUGCAAUCCUUAUUCGGGUGGAUAACGCAGAUUAAUGACAAUAAUCUUGAAGUGUUAUGUGUUCAGGAUUGUCCAUCCCUCACAUGCUUGAUAUCGUGCAGAGGUGGGGGGCUACCACCCACACUCAAAGAGCUUUGGAUUCGGCAGUGUAAAAAGUUGGAGGCACUGCUAGUAGAGGAGGGGAUGGAAAUUAACUGUCCAUCUCUUGAGUCUGUUUGGAUCUGGUGUUGUGAUAGGCUGAAAUACUUGCCAGAUGCCCUUCCUAAUAAUAAUAAUCUCAGGAAUCUCAGUCGAUUGUACUUCUAUGGGUGUAAGAAUUUGGAGUACAUUCCGGAAGGAUGGUUACACUCUGCAACAAAUCUGAGAGAAUUGAAUAUCAUGGGAUGCAAAAAACUGAAGGCCCUACCACACGGAUUGCAGAGCAUCAACUACCUCACUUCUCUUGAAGAGCUGGAGAUGGAUAUUUCACAAUGGAACAACAACUUCAAGAAGAUUGGUUUGCACAGUUUAUCCUCUCUUAAAAAACUGUUGAUUUCAGGGGAAGAAGAAGAAGAAGAACAUCCGGUGGGUUCCAGCUUUCCGAUAGAUGGGAAGUUGCUGCCCACCUCUCUUAUCUAUCUUCGCAUCCACUUUUUCCGAAAUCUGGAGAAGCUAUCUUCUAAGUUGUUUCAAAACCUCGCCUCCCUUGAAUGUCUUCGUAUCGGGGAUUGCCCUAGGCUCAAAUCUUUACCAGUGCAAAGGCUGCCUCCCUCACUUAAUCAAUUGUGGAUCUCGAUUUGUCCGAGACUAACAGGGAAGUGUGAAAAGGGGAAAGGCAAAUAUUGGCCCCACUUAGCUCACAUUCCUGACGUCAACAUCAACUGAGUGAUCAACUCUGUGGAGAUUCCACCGCAAUACAAGCAGUCAAAUUGCCAGGUAUCAAAAUAGAAACUAAUUUGAUAAAUAUAAACAUUUAAAAAUUAUUUUCAGAUUUUAAAAACAAAAUAUUUUUUCAAAAAGUGGAAAAUUAUAAUGAAAAAAAUAUGUUAAAUUUAAAUUUGGAGGACC